AUUGCUGCAUUUGGUGAUAAGUUAAGUUCCGUAGAAACAGAGACCUGCUACCAGAACCCAAAAGCCAAAAUCUUUGAUAUUAUUCACUUCCCAUAUCGGUUGUUGCAGAAUAGCUUGGCGGAGAAACACCAUAGAGAGAAAGUAAACAAAAAAAAAAGGUUGCAUUGUUUUUUCUCUAACAAGAAACAAUGAAAGGCAAAGUGAGGCGCUCUAAACUGAAGUUGGGUGUACCUACAUUCUUCUUCCUUUGCGCCCUUUUCUUCUUUGUUGGCUUCUUUGUAUCUCCGCUCCUCUUUCAGGAUUUGGGUGAUGUGGGACCACGGUCUAGAAUACUCCAAGAAUCAGUGAAGAAAGCAUAUGAACCUCUUGAGCAUGGUGAAUCCAGGGAACCCUUUCUUAACUCAAUCCCAUUUCAGAUUUUAAGUUGGAGACCACGAGCGGUUUACUUUCCAAACUUCACUAGUGUGGAAGUAUGCCAACAAAUAAUUGAAAUGGCAAAGCCAAAACUUGAACCAUCAAAACUGGCUUUGCGGAAAGGAGAAACCGCUGAGAGCACAAAAGACACUAGAACAAGUUCAGGUACAUUCAUCAGCGCAUCAGAAGACAAAUCUGGCAUCUUAGACUUCGUUGAGAGGAAAAUUGCUAAAGUUACAAUGAUUCCAAGGACCCAUGGGGAAAAAUUCAAUAUAUUGAAGUAUGAGGUUGCCCAGAAAUAUGAUUCUCAUUAUGAUGCGUUCAACCCAGAUGAAUACGGCACUGUUGAGAGCCAAAGGAUUGCUUCCUUCUUGUUAUACCUAUCAAAUGUAGAAGCAGGAGGAGAAACAAUGUUCCCUUGUGAGGGUGGUUUGAAUAUUGAUAAGGGUUAUUAUGAUUACAAAAAAUGUAUUGGUUUGAAGGUGAAGCCACGACAGGGCGAUGGACUUUUAUUUUAUUCAUUGUUACCAAACGGGAAAAUUGAUAAGACUUCUCUUCAUGGAAGUUGUCCAGUGAUUAAGGGGGAGAAAUGGGUCGCAACGAAGUGGAUUGAUGAUAGAGAGCAACACCACUUGCUUUCUUUAUAAGGAGUCUUCAAUUAUGUGAUCAUAUUUAUGCAUAAUGAAGAUAUGCUGCCUUUGUAUAUAUAUCCAAAUAGGCUGCAAGUUUUCAAUGUUAUGAAAACUUAUAUACGCUCAAAUGACCAAGCUGGCAGGACCUGCUCAAGAGGGUCCAAGUCCUUACUUUAGGCGUACCAAAAAAUAAGUUUUUUGUUAUUAAUAUAUGUAUAUUAAGCAUAUGUACUAUCAAAGACCACGACUAAGUGAUAGCACUCCACGCUGUUACGUGUGAAAUCCUAUGGCCACAAAUAUUUUUUUCCGUUGUU